UUGAGUCGUGCGGCUCCGGCACUCUCCGCGUCCCGAACCUGAGCUUUGGCCUCUUGCCUUCUUCCCCGAACAACAUGAGCUUCAGCACCCGCUCCAGCUUCUCCACCAGCUACCGGAACCUGGGCUCCGUGCAGUCGCCCAGCCACCGGGUCCGGCCGGCCAGCAGCGCGGCCAGCGUGUAUGCAGGUGCAGGGGGCUCAGGCUCCCGGAUCUCUGUGUCCCACUCCACCAGCGUCCGGAGUGGCUGGGGAUCCGGGGGCCUGGCCGCGGGGAUGGCCGGGGGUCUGGCGGGCCUGGGGGGCAUCCAGACCGAGAAGGAGACUAUGCAAGGCCUGAAUGAUCGCCUGGCCACCUACCUGGAGAGAGUGAGGAGCCUAGAGGCUGAUAAUCGGACACUGGAGAGCAAAAUCCGGGAACACCUGGAGAAGAAGGGGCCCCAGGUCAGAGACUGGGGGCAUUACUUCAAGACCAUCGAGGACCUGAAGGCUCAGAUCUUUGCAAGUUCUGUGGACAAUGCCCGCAUCGUUCUGCAGAUUGACAAUGCCCGUCUUGCUGCUGAUGAUUUCAGAGUCAAGUAUGAGACGGAGCUGGCCAUGCGUCAGUCUGUGGAGAGUGAUAUCAUUGGGCUCCGAAAGGUCAUUGAUGACACCAAUGUCACUCGGCUGCAGCUGGAGACGGAGAUUGAGGCUCUCAAGGAGGAGCUGCUCUUCAUGAAGAAGAACCACGAAGAGGAAGUAAAUGGUCUACAAAACCAGAUUGCCAAUUCUGGGUUGACCGUGGAGUUGGAUGCUCCCAAAUCUCAGGACCUCAGCAAGGUCAUGGCCGACAUCCGAGCCCAGUAUGACGAGCUGGCUCGAAAGAACCAAGAGGAGCUAGACAAGUUCUGGUCCCACCAGAUUGAGGAGAGCACCACAGUGGUCACCUCACAGAACGCUGAGAAAGGAGCUGCUGAGGCGACACUCACAGAACUGAGACGUACAGUCCAGUCCUUGGAGAUCGACCUGGACUCAUUGAGAAAUGUGAGGGCCAGCUUGGAGAACAGCCUGAGAGAGGUAGAGACACGCCAUGCCAUCAGGAUGGAACAGCUCAACGGGAUCCUGCUGCACCUGGAAUCAGAGCUGGCCCAGACCCGAACAGAGGGGCAACGCCAGACCCAGGAGUAUGAGGCUCUGUUGAACAUCAAGGUCAAGCUGGAGGCUGAGAUCGCCACUUACCGCCGCCUGCUAGAAGAAGGGGAAGACUUUGAUCUUGGUGAUGCCCUGGACAGCAACUCCAUGCAUUCCAUCCAGAAGACCACCACACGCAGGAUUGUGGAUGGCAAAGUGGUGUCUGAGGUCAAUGACACCAAAAUUCUGAGGCGUUAAGGAAGCAGAAGCAGGACACCUCUUGGGGGACAAUAGGUCAAUAAAAAGUUCAGAGAUCAUUGUA